AUUUUAUGAAGAAUUACCCCACAGAACCUACGACUAACUGAUAAUAUAAUCAAUUAGAAAUCGUCGACAUUUACGCCAACAUGUCGAGGAGUCAAUCAUUCGGGAACCCAAGCAGCAGUCCGGGCAGCAGCUAUAAUACCAGCGAUUUCUCCCAGAUCGUUAAGGAGGGUUGGCUUCAGAAACGUGGUGAGCACAUAAAGACAUGGCGCCAACGUUAUUUUAUCCUGCGCGCCGAUGGUACUCUAAUGGGCUACCGUAGCAGGCCCCCAGAUAGGGCCACUCCCACACAGUCAGAGCAACUGCUAAACAAUUUCACAGUACGUGGAUGCCAGAUCAUGACAGUCGAUCGGCCCAAGCCGUUCACAUUUAUCAUACGCGGCCUGCAAUGGACCACAGUGAUUGAACGAACCUUCGCAGUGGACACCGAGCUCGAGCGCCAACAAUGGACUGAAGCCAUACGCAAUGUGGCAAGUCGUUUAAGUGAAAUGGGAGAGACGGCCAUGACUUCAUCCGUACAAACAGAUAUGACCAAUGUGGAUUUGGCUGGCAUAGCCGAAGAUGAGCUCUCCGAACAAUUCUCUGUCCAGGGCACAAGACGACACAGUAGCGGCGUUAAGAAAGUGACUCUGGAGAACUUUGAGUUCCUCAAGGUGCUGGGAAAAGGCGCUUUUGGCAAGGUGAUCCUGUGUCGUGAGAAAUCCACAGCCAAAUUGUACGCAAUUAAAAUUCUCAAAAAGGAGGUCAUUAUACAGAAGGAUGAGGUGGCGCACACUUUAACAGAAAGUCGUGUGCUUAAAUCAACAAAUCAUCCGUUCCUUAUCUCUCUUAAAUAUUCAUUUCAAACAAACGAUCGCCUUUGCUUUGUCAUGCAAUACGUGAAUGGAGGCGAAUUGUUUUGGCAUUUGAGCCAUGAACGCAUCUUCACCGAGGAGCGUACACGUUUCUAUGGUGCGGAGAUCAUAUCCGCUCUUGGCUAUUUACACUCUCAGGGCAUUAUAUAUCGUGACUUAAAACUGGAAAAUCUUUUGCUGGACAAAGAUGGUCACAUUAAAGUUGCUGAUUUUGGUUUAUGUAAAGAGGAUAUCACCUAUGGCCGUACAACGAGAACGUUUUGCGGUACACCGGAAUAUUUAGCGCCGGAAGUAUUAGAUGAUAAUGACUAUGGGCAGGCGGUAGAUUGGUGGGGCACAGGUGUUGUCAUGUAUGAAAUGAUGUGCGGUCGUUUGCCCUUCUGUAAUAAAGAUCAUGAUGUGCUCUUUACAUUGAUAUUAAUCGAAGAUGUUAGAUAUCCACGCAAUAUUUCCGAUGAGGCCAAGAGCCUUCUUUCGGGACUUCUGGUCAAAGAUCCCACUGCACGUUUGGGAGGCGGAGAGAACGAUGUCAAGGAAAUACAAGCACAUCCCUUCUUUGCGAGUAUUAAUUGGACAGAUUUAGUGCAGAAAAAGAUACCGCCGCCAUUUAAGCCCCAGGUUACGUCGGAUACGGAUACGCGUUAUUUUGAUAAUGAGUUUACGGGCGAAAGUGUUGAACUGACUCCACCGGAUCCAACUGGACCGUUGGGAUCUAUAGUCGAGGAACCUUUGUUUAAGCAGUUCAGUUAUCACGGAGAUAUGGCCUCCACGUUGGGCACCUCAUCGCACAUUAGUACCUCCACAAGUCUCACAUCGAUGCAAUAGAGCAACAAGUCUAACAGAAGAAUAACAAGUUUUUGUUUUGUUCAAUUUACUUUUCCCUACCUUUCCUGUCCCAUAUCAUCACCAGCGAUGCCCCCUGGUCCGAUUCCCUUCUCAAUACCUAUUACUGUGGACUAUAACAUAAGUUAAUUUUACUGUAGAUAUAAUUUUGGACAGGAAGAUUCAACUGACCAGCAGCACAUAAGAUUUUACUUCCAAAAGUAAUAGCUUUUUGAUGAAAUAACUACAUUGACUUAAAUUGCCACCUAACAUUUACUAAUCAAAAUUCAUAGAAAUUUUAUAAACAAGGAACUAUUAUACCAGAAAAUUUAUUGUAGGCUUUAAUUAUUAUUGGCCAACUUAGUGUAAAACCUUCUCAUUUCAAAAGCUGCACCACCAACCCACAUUUUCUUCAUAUAUUUCUAUCUUACAAUUAGUUUAACCCGUUGAAAAUGAUCUUUGUGUUGCUCUAGGUGCGUUUGACCACCUCAGUUGUUUUUUCUUUCUUAUUUAUUUUCGCAAAUUGGGUCAAGAAAACUAUGCGCGAUGCCAGGUUAUAGCUAAAAAAGGCAAUGAAAAACUGACUGGACAAGCGCCAAUGACCGACUUUAUUAUUCGGGAGCGGGAGCAUGAAAAGCAGGCAACACAGCUCCAGGCCAGCUUCAGUCCCGGCCCCAAAGGUGCGUGACAGGCCCCAACCAUGGAAUACACACAUACAGAGAAACACACAUGUAUUGAGGAGGAGAGCAGCAAGGCGAACAAUGCGUUUUGUCUGAUGAUUAAUUGCAACGCAAUCUUGGAGGCCACAGCGCUUUCCCCCAACCAGCGAGCACCAACAGCAGCCAUUGAGCACUCUCACACAUAUGUAAGAAACUCUUGGACUUUGUCUACAUGCAUAAGUGUCUAGAAAUAUAUAUACUUACAUAUAGAGUUA